AUGUCUGGCAGAGGAAAACAAGGCGGAAAGGUUCGUGCCAAGGCGAAGACACGUUCUUCUCGUGCUGGUCUGCAGUUCCCUGUCGGCCGUGUGCAUAGGCUUCUUCGCAAGGGUAAUUAUGCCGAGAGAGUAGGAGCCGGCGCCCCCGUGUAUCUGGCAGCGGUGUUGGAGUAUCUGACUGCUGAGAUAUUGGAGUUGGCUGGUAACGCUGCACGCGACAACAAAAAGACCCGUAUCAUUCCUCGCCACCUGCAACUUGCCGUUCGUAACGACGAGGAGCUCAAUAAGCUGCUCGGAGGGGUCACCAUUGCUCAGGGAGGUGUUCUACCCAACAUCCAGGCGGUGCUCUUGCCCAAGAAGACAGAGAGCCACAAGCCUGCCAAGAGCAAGUGAGUGCGGUAAUCGG